AUGAACAGCGAGGAUUCGUUCGCCGCCUUGGUUAACACCGCUAACCCUGCAGCCUACAAGUCCGCUUCGCUAGCUCAAGGUUCAAGUAGUCAACAUCCUCCUACCUAUCCACCAUCUGCGAAUGCACAGUCUCAGCCCCAACCCGUGUCCAGUUUGAUGGAUCCCUUCUUUGACGACGACGAUGACCUUCUGGACUUGUCUCCGGCGACCACCCCGCGCCCAAUGCAGUCACAGGAAAGCGGACUUCCUCUCACCCAUGCAGCUGCCCCACCCGCUGGGGUAGACUCGUCAUCCCCCUCGCUAUCCACCCAGAGUGCCGGGCAACCUUACGGAUGGGGUUUCGAGAGCCAGGCUACUUUUCCGGGCGGCGCGUCAUUUCCGGGAGCACCGUCAGCACAGAGGAAACCUUCGAUUCGCAGAAGACAAAAGUGGAAGUGGAGAUGGCCUUGGGAGAAGGAGGUACAACCCUCAGGCGAACGUGUAAUUGCCCUCAACAAUCCUAUUAUGAAUGACGAGUUUUGCUCGAACUUCGUUUCGACAAGCAAGUACAAUGCCGUUACAUUCACCCCAAAGUUUCUCAAAGAACAAUUCUCCAAAUAUGCAAACGUGUUCUUCUUGUUUACCGCUUGUAUACAACAAAUACCUGGUGUCUCUCCAACCAACCAGUGGACUACCAUCGCCCCGUUAGCCGUCGUGCUUCUUGCAUCUGCCUUUAAAGAAGUACAGGAGGACAUGAAACGCCAUCGUUCCGAUUCCGAACUCAACGCACGUGUCGCCAAGGUUUUGAAUGAAUCACUAAAUUUUGACCUGCUGGGCGACGUCGUCAGGGUCGAAUCCGACGAGUUCAUUCCCGCCGACCUUGUUCUCAUUUCUUCCUCGGAGCCUGAGGGUCUCUGUUAUAUCGAGACCUCCAAUCUCGAUGGGGAGACCAACCUCAAAAUUAAACAGGCCUCGCCCCAGACGUCGUCUCUUACCUCUCCCCCGCUCGUUGGUCGCCUUCACGGUUCUCUGCGCUCCGAACAGCCUAACAAUUCACUGUACACGUAUGAGGGUACCCUUGAUCUCGUGACGGAUGCUGGCAUGCCAAAGCAGGUCCCGCUAGGUCCAGACCAGCUCCUGCUUCGAGGGGCGCAGCUGCGCAAUACGCCCUGGGUUUAUGGAUUAGUCGUUUUCACUGGUCACGAAACAAAGUUGAUGCGUAACGCAACCGCUGCCCCUAUUAAGCGCACAGCAGUGGAAAAGCAGGUCAACGUGCAUAUUAUCUUUCUGUUUGGCUUUCUCCUUGCACUUUCGAUCGGUUCGACUAUCGGUGCCUCCAUAAACACUUGGUUUCUAUCGGGUCAGCAAUGGUAUCUAUUCCAAACCAGCUCAUUUACCGGCCGAGCCAAGGCCUUUGUCGAAGAUAUCCUCACGUUUAUCAUCCUUUAUAAUAACCUGAUUCCGAUAUCUCUCAUUGUUACAACGGAGGUUGUGAGACUCCAGCACGCCGCACUCAUCAGUGCCGACCUUGACAUGUACUACGAGGUGCGCGACACGCCGGCGGUUGUGAGAACCUCCUCACUGGUAGAGGAUCUCGGGCGUGUUGAGUUCGUAUUUGCAGAUAAGACAGGAACGUUGACCAGGAACGAAAUGGUGUUCCGGGCGGCCAGUAUCGGAGGGCUUGCAUAUGCCGAGGAGGUUGAUCAGGCGCGUGCAAGCGGAGAAGACGGAAGAGAGGUAUGGAGGACAUUCGCAGAUCUUCGUGGGCUGUUGGAAGGUUCCAAAGGGAUGAGUGGCACAGAACUUUCUGCAACUGGCGGCGAACAGGAUCGCGAGCGUGCAACAGCAGUGGCUGACGAAUUUAUGACGCUCUUGGCAGUGUGUCAUACGGUGAUACCGGAGGUGCGAGACGGAAAGAUCAACUACCAGGCAAGUAGUCCCGAUGAGGCAGCACUUGUGGCCGGAGCGGAGCUUUUGGGGUAUCAAUUCCAUACUCGCAAGCCACGUUCCGUUUUUAUCAACGUCCGCGGCUCCCCCGUUGAAUACGAGAUCCUGAAUGUGUGCGAGUUUAACUCGACGCGAAAGCGCAUGUCAACCGUGGUUCGCGCACCCGGCGGCAAGAUCAAAUUGUACUGCAAGGGUGCGGACACGGUGAUCCUUGAACGUCUUGGGAAGCACCAGACGCUCACCGAAAAAACGCUUUCGCAUCUCGAGGACUACGCGACGGAAGGGUUGCGCACGCUCUGUAUAGCCUACCGCGAUGUCCCCGAGGCCGAGUAUCGUCAGUGGUCGACGAUAUACGACCAAGCCGCUGCAACCCUCAACGGGCGCUCUGAAGCACUCGACAAGGCAGCAGAACUUAUUGAAAAAGAUCUCAUCUUACUCGGUGCGACAGCAAUUGAGGAUAAACUUCAGGAAGGCGUCCCAGAUACUAUCCACACUUUGCAGAUGGCAGGAAUCAAGGUUUGGGUACUAACAGGCGACCGUCAAGAAACAGCAAUAAAUAUUGGCAUGUCCUGUCGACUCAUUGCCGAGUCUAUGAACUUGGUCAUCGUGAACGAGGAAACAUCCCGCGAUACGGGCGAGUUCAUCUCAAAACGACUUUCAGCAAUUAGAAACCAGAGGAGUACCGGAGAGCUGGAGGAUCUCGCGCUCAUUAUCGAUGGGAAGAGUCUUGGUUUUGCACUUCAGAAGGAGUUGUCUAAGUCUUUCCUUGAACUUGCGCUGCUUUGCAAGGCCGUCAUCUGUUGUCGCGUCUCUCCCCUUCAGAAAGCACUCGUUGUAAAGCUAGUAAAGAAGAACCAAGAUUCAAUUCUCCUUGCAAUAGGUGAUGGCGCUAAUGAUGUGAGCAUGAUUCAGGCAGCACACGUUGGCGUAGGUAUAUCAGGACUUGAGGGUCUUCAAGCUGCACGAUCUGCUGAUGUUGCGAUAUCGCAAUUUCGCUACCUUAAAAAGCUCCUACUUGUCCAUGGAGCUUGGAGUUAUCAGCGAUUAUCCAAGCUUAUAUUAUACUCCUUCUACAAGAACAUCACCCUCUACAUGACACAGUUUUGGUACUCGUUCUUCAACAAUUUCUCCGGUCAGAUCGCCUACGAAUCAUGGACAAUUACAUUUUACAACGUCCUAUUCACUGUCCUUCCGCCUUUUGUCAUCGGUAUUUUUGAUCAGUUUGUGUCUGCACGGGUCUUGGAUCGAUACCCGCAGUUGUACAUGCUGGGGCAGCGAAACGUAUUCUUCACGAAAACUGUGUUCUGGUUGUGGAUCGCUAACGCGCUGUAUCACAGUUUGGUUCUCUUUGGGUUCUCCGUCAUCAUCUUUUGGGGCGACCUGAAGCAAGCAUCCGGGCUCGACUCGGGACACUGGUUCUGGGGAACGACACUGUAUCUCAUUGUACUCCUAACUGUUCUCGGGAAGGCUGCUUUAAUCUCAGAUUUGUGGACUAAAUACACCGUCGCUGCUAUCCCGGGUUCGUUCGUGUUUACGAUGAUAUUCCUUCCUCUAUACGCAUGGAUCGCACCUCUCAUCGGGUUCUCUACUGAGUAUUAUGGGCUUGUUCCCCGGCUGUGGACCGAUGCGGUCUUCUACUUUAUGCUCCUACUCGUGCCGUUUAUCUGUCUCGCUCGCGACCUUGCUUGGAAAUACUAUCGUCGUACAUACAUGCCACUGUCUUACCACAUCGCCCAGGAGCUGCAAAAGUAUAAUAUCCCUGACUAUCGACCACGCCAAGAACAGUUCCAAAAGGCGAUCAAGAAGGUCCGUGCCGUUCAGAGGAUGCGACGCAACCGUGGUUUUGCUUUUAGCCAAACUGAAAACAAUCGUCAAGACCAGGCACGACUCAUACGUGCGUACGAUACGUCGAAGUCGGAAGCCCGGCCAUCUGGUUACUAG